AUGAGUGGCAGCGCUGCCGCUCAGCCCUCGUCAGGCCUAUCUUCGCAAGAUACCCGUUCGAACAGCGCCUCAAUCGAUCCAACUGUCGCCCCCUCAAGCCAAACACCCCAGAGCGAUGAAGCGAUGACAGAGAAGCCCAAACAGUCGUCGCUCGUCAAAGUACCUUCUCGGAGCUCUUCUCACCAGAAGCUAUCCGAACCGACGUCCACCGCCUCCACCUCGCCUGCCGCGCCGAUCGAACAAGCGCCCGCUCCCCGACGGGGGUCUAAGAGGAGUCUGUUGAGUAGGAGUAGGAAUGCGAGUCGAAGCAGUAGGAAAUCAGCCAGGGCACCUCAGGCUGCUGACACCUCCAAAGAACCAGUGCCGCCUCUUCCACAACCGGGCGCUCACAAAACCGAAAAGAAACCUCGGAGCGGCUUCUUUGCCAUCCUGAAUUGCUGCUUACCUCACGAGACUCCCGACGACGUCAGAUCGGACGAUCCAGACGUCUCGGCGAAAAAGGUCAAAAUACAACCAGCGCCUCAAAGGGCAUCUAGAUCUGUCGAGCGGACCGAAGCAGUUGAGAACGAGAAGCCUGUGGCAACAAGGCCGGUUGGCCAGGAGAGGGCCCAGGAGGGCCGCGGUGUGGAGGACGAAAAGGCUGCGUGGUCGGACAAGCAGAAGACGGCCGAGGACACCAAAACAAGUGUACCAAAAGACCAAGCGUAUCAUGAUAUGGUCACCAUCCCGCCCACAGCUUCGAGUUCGACACCUGUCCCGGCAGGGGCGAGUCAGGAGGAUCAGAGCCCGAUCACCACCAGCCAAAGGGACCAGGUACCGGCGAUAUCGGCUACUGCGCCCGAAGCUCCAUUCCAGCCAUCAUUGAGCGUGACGGCGGCAACGCCGAUUGAACCUGAAUCCCACGCAGACGAACAGGCCUUCGCUGCUGAGAGCAACAGAAAUAGCGACGUCGAGAUGGACGACGCCCCUCCCGCAGUUCCAAGCGUCGAUGAUGAGCCCGUUGAUGAACCUCCUCAACCUGCUGAGCUACAGCCCCAGGUACCUUUACCUCCGCCACCGCCGUUAGAGAAACGCCAGGAGCAGAUAGCCACCAAAGAGGUUCCACCCGUUCCCGAAGCAGCGGCUGAAAAGCAGACAUGGCUCUUACCUCCGGUUGAGCCUCAUCUCAAAGGACGCAAGUGUCUGGUCCUUGACUUGGAUGAAACCUUGGUACACAGCAGCUUCAAGAUCCUGAACCAGGCCGACUUCACGAUUCCUGUCGAAAUCGAAGGUCAGUACCAUAAUGUUUAUGUCAUCAAAAGGCCAGGUGUGGACGCAUUCAUGAAAAGAGUGGGUGAGCUGUAUGAAGUGGUGGUUUUCACCGCCUCUGUGUCCAAAUAUGGUGAUCCAUUGUUGGACCAGCUAGAUAUCCACCAUGUGGUCCACCACCGUCUGUUCAGAGAGAGCUGUUACAAUCACCAAGGGAACUAUGUGAAGGAUUUAUCACAGGUUGGACGCGAUCUGAAGGAAGUCAUCAUUAUUGACAACUCACCAACGUCAUACAUCUUCCAUCCACAGCAUGCCGUUCCCAUAAGCUCGUGGUUCUCCGAUGCGCACGACAAUGAGCUCCUCGAUUUGAUACCGGUCCUUGAAGAUCUUGCCGGGCCGCAAGUGCAGGACGUGAGCCUGGUAUUGGACGUGGCUCUGUGA